AACAGUUGGCCUAAUUUUUCUUUAAAUCAAAAGAGGAGAAUGUGUCCAACUGCUAAACUGAGCCUCAUCUGUGUGCUGCUGGUCCUGUGGAGCCAUGGGGGUUCAGCCAUUAGCUCAAUAGACCCCGACUGGUCAGGAGAGGGGAGAUGUCAACACAUCAACAUCCCACAGUGUAAAGACAUCGGCUACAACAUGACUCGCAUGCCAAAUCUCAUGGGCCAUGAUGACCAAAAAGAGGCAGCCAUAAAGCUGCAAGAGUUUGCCACGCUGAUACAAUUUGGAUGCCACAGCCAUCUGAAAUUUUUCCUGUGUUCGCUGUAUGCUCCCAUGUGCACAGAGCAGGUGUCUAACCCCAUCCCAGCAUGCAGAGUGAUGUGUGAGCAAGUCAAGCUGAAAUGCUCACCUAUCUUGGAGCAGUUUAAAUUCCCCUGGCCUGACUCUCUGGACUGCUCCCGACUGCCGACCAAAAAUGACCCCAACAACCUCUGCAUGGAGGCGCCCAACAACGGCUCAGAGGAGCCUCCCAAAGUCUCCCACACCCAGCCUCCAGAUUUCAGGCCACAGCGGCCUCUGAGUGGACAGGACUUGCACCUUAAAGAUAGCAGCAGCAAGCAGACGUGCAGCAAUCCUGGCAAGUUCCACUAUGUCGAGAAAAGUGAGUCCUGUGCCCCCAAGUGCUACCCCAAAGUGGAUGUUUACUGGAGUCAGGGAGACAAGCAGUUCUCCCUGGUGUGGAUGGCCAUCUGGUCCAUCCUCUGCUUUGUCUCCAGCGCCUUCACCGUGCUGACUUUCCUCAUAGAUCCGCAGCGCUUCAAAUACCCCGAGAGGCCGAUCAUCUUCCUCUCUAUGUCCUACUGUGUUUACUCUGUGGGCUACCUCAUCCGACUUUUUGUGGGAGCCGACAGAAUAGCCUGCGAUAGAGACAAUGGGGUUCAGUAUAUUAUCCAGGAAGGUCUGGAGAGCACCGGCUGCACUAUUGUGUUCCUCAUCCUGUAUUAUUUUGGCAUGGCCAGCUCCCUCUGGUGGGUUAUCCUGACCCUCACAUGGUUCCUGGCUGCAGGGAAAAAGUGGGGUCACGAAGCCAUCGAGGCCAACAGCAGCUACUUCCACCUGGCAGCCUGGGCCAUCCCUGCCGUAAAGACUAUCAUGAUCCUGGUGAUGAGGAAGGUGGCAGGGGAUGAGCUGACGGGCGUCUGCUACGUGGGCAGCAUGGAUGUCAAAGCUCUCACGGGCUUUGUGCUUAUUCCCCUCUCCUGCUACCUUAUUAUUGGCACUUCUUUCCUGCUGUCUGGCUUUGUGGCCCUCUUCCACAUCCGGAAGAUUAUGAAGACAGAGGGGGAGAACACAGACAAGCUGGAGAAGCUGAUGGUUCGCAUCGGAGUCUUCUCUGUGCUCUACACUGUCCCAGCCACCUGCGUCAUCGCCUGCUAUUUCUACGAGAGGCUCAACAUGGACUACUGGCGCAUCCUGGCAGGGGAGCAGAAGUGUGUGGACAGAAGCGGGCCGGAGUCAGACGAGUGCAUCAUGAAAACGUCCAUCCCUGCUGUUGAGAUCUUCAUGGUGAAGAUCUUCAUGCUGUUGGUGGUGGGCAUUACCAGCGGCAUGUGGAUCUGGACGUCAAAGACCCUGCAGUCGUGGCAGAAUGUGUUCAGCAGGAAGCUAAAGAAGAGGACGAGGAGGAAGGCUGCCAGUGUGUUCACCAGCAGCAGGCCUUACAUCAAACCUCACCCAUCUCUCAAAGGGCACAAUACAAAGUAUGAACCUACACGGCCCCCUCCCACAUGUGUAUGAGUUGGCUCCCUUUUGUAUAAACCCAAAAAUACUUGUAAAGCUCUUACCUAAACGAAACUUUGUAAUCAGAGUGCUAUCAAAAGAAACAAGGUUCAUGUUUUAUUUAUGCAAACUGCAUUGAAGAUAAUGCAAUGUGAGGGGGUUUUUUUGUAUCUUGAGCCAUCUCAUGCAACAAGAGCUGCCUUUGAGGAAAAAAAAUCUGCUCCUCCUGGAUUCACUUAUCCUAUUGAGGAACUUGGUAGAGAGAAAAAAAUCACAUUGUUCCCAAGACUAAAAGAGUGGAAUAAACCAUUUGGAUGUGCCAUGGGGUUACUUGAAUAAUGUGCAAUAGAUGUUUUCCUUACAGGCAAAAAAGACACUUGUCCUGUGACAGAUUACAGACAAUGAAAAGGACCCCACAGACAAUGGAGGCAAAUGGUCAGAGAGAUGAGUGUUGUGUUUGUAGGCUUUUUAAUGGAAAUGGAGCAGUGUCAUAUAUGUUUGAACUGGAGUGAGAGCAGCUGUUGAAAAGUGCUCAAAACCUUAUGAACUGGCCAUUGUGAGGCAAAUCCAUGCCAUAAAUUAAUCAAGCACUCAUUAUUGAAAAGUUAUUUGUAAACACAGUUGAGUUUUCCAUUUUUUCUUUGCUGUUUUAUAGCACAAGGGAACGUUUGUAUAUAUUUCUAAAAGCUCAGAUUUUAUAGAAAAAUUAAUAAAACGUUCUAGUUUUAAAUGUUUGUAAAGCCGGAAGUGUGUUUGCCACCAUGUUGUUUUUCCCUCUGUUGGAGUGAGUCUCCAUUUUCAUACAGCCGCAUAACGCCUGUUUUUUUUUGCUAUUGCAGCACUUGUGCUUCUCACCCUCGCUCUUAUACUGUAGGCUGGGCAUUGUUUUGCGGUUGGUGUAAUUCAUCAUAGAAAACGUCAUCAUUAAUCUUAAAUUGUAAAUGUGUUGAUGUGUCAGAGCUGGGUUUUAGCAUUAUGUUUGCUAUUCAGAUUAGCUUUAAGAAUAAUUGUGUUAAAAAUAUCAUUUAUAUGACCAAAAGAGACAUAA